UCGCAUCGCAUCCAUCGCAAACAGUUUCAAGAAACCAUCGAGUUUCUCCAAUUCUUGUCAUGUACCUCACCUUCAAAACAAGCAAUAAACCAGUAAUUGCGUGUUCGACACGACCUCCUCUAUGCAGGUUCUCGUCGCAUGCUUGAUCCUGCUCUUGCUUCGGUUUUCCAUUACCUACAUAUUCUCCUCAGAUCUCGCGGGAACUAUCCUACAUCGUGGCUUCCUUGUCGACCUCACAUUCCUCCAGCCAUGGCUGACUACUCGUCUUUCAUGGACUGGAGUCCUGCCACUCCUCCGCGAUCGAAGGACGAUCCUUACUCUACAAAUUAUGUUCCUGGUGGAUGGCCUGCCGAGCCGCCUACCCCACCUUCGACCGUUGCCGUCGUCGCGCGAAGACCUGCGCCAUCGGGCUUUCUACCAACGGCGAAAAGAUUAUGUCAAGGCCUCGGGGCCGCGGUCGCAUUCGGGUAUACCACCGCUACAUCAAUAUCACGAUACGCCGUUCAUGCGACAACCGCUGCUGUCACUGUCCCAACUUACAGCAUCGUCCGUCGCGUCCAGCAACGCCAGAGGCAUAGAAGGCCUCAGCCUCCCAGGAGGCAACGAGGCUCUUCACCAAGAUACACCCUACCUGAAUCGCCAUGGAAUCGAGCAGUCGCAGCUGCAGACCAGGGCGCUCCUCGCCAACAACAAAUCCAGCAAAGGGCCGCUUCGCCUACGCCCGCUCCCAAGGUUAAAGCAGCUCUCCAACCAAGCGCACCUCAUCCGAGCACACAGAAUGUCCUCUAUAGUGUUCCUGACCUGAUGCCUCCCGGCAUGGCAGACGCGAUUCGAAACAGGAGAAAGAUUGGAGGAACGCGAUCAAGAGUGCGCAAGCCAACAUCACCACUGUUUCCAAACAUGCCGCAAUUCACACCUCCACCCAAAUUUCCACACGCCCAUACGAAUACCCCCAUUAAAAGGGAAUACACACCUCCGGAAGAGGAACACAGAGAAUUGAAAUCGCAAUUUCCGCACUUGGGUCAAUUCCCACCCACGCCUCCAUCACCACCGGCAAGCUUUACGUCUAUUUCACCUGGCGAUCAAUUGAGAGAUGAGAUGGAUGCGGCCAAUGACAGCGAUUCAGGAGCCUCAUCUACUUUUUCCAGCUAUCGGCGUCCCAGAACUUUGAGCGUGAAGAAGCAGAGAUCGCCGCCAUCGAAGUGUGCGAAAACCGCGCCAGUCCCUCAUGUUGGUCCGAGCUCACAGUCACUGAACACGGGCGCACCCGCCAUUGUUGUCCAAGAGACGACAACCGCUGCCAACGCUGAAGGACCGACGGUUGUUGACACAACGUUGUUAUCACCACCACGCAUCAAAAAACGUCGUGUCAGCACGCCGAGAAACAAGAAGACCACCAACAACCCAACCAGCCCAACCACGCCUGAAACAGAUCUCUCUUCAACAUGCGACUGUUCUCCUGGUAAUCUCACGCCACAAGUCGAACAAAAGUCGACAUCCUUGGACGAAAGUGACAUCUCUUCAUUCUUUGUUGGUACACCACCCGACCCGGCGGAAGACGCCCGUCUAUUCAAAAUGAUCAUGGCAGGCGGUGGCACACCCACCCCAGAAAACAAAAUAGUCGCCACAUAUGAGAAAGCCAUAACAUCACAGCCGACCACGAGCGACACGGCAACAAUUGAACAAAGCAAUCAUGACGCCAUCGAUGUCAAUCUAAUAGCACCAGAAUCAGGGGGUGAAACAAAUCCAGAUACAGUCACAGAGAGCGAAAUUACAACCACGGAUGAUGUGGCGGAGUCCGACAGCAUUAUUAUCAUGCCUCAGGAAGUAGGGUCGAAGACACCACAAGCGGUGGGAACAUCACAAGCCGUAGACUCAGCGGAAACACCAUCAAAGGAUCCGACCACACCAUUACGCAGUCCACCGCAAGCAGAGUCCGAGCAAGUGGACAGCAACGUAGAGCUACAGGGAUCAAUGUCUCCACGCACACCCGAACUGCAACUCGCACAUCUCACGCUCGACGAUCCGUACACACCGGAUGUGCCCACGCCGAAAGCAACACCUCAUUCAACAGAAAGGAAGCAGAGAGUGACCAGAGCAGAAGCAAGAAGAAUACAAUUGUUGGAGGAAGUGCAGCACUACGAGAUUGCACCAUUGGCAGAUGAAUGGGAGAAGAAGAUCCAAGCAGCCUUGCGAAGUGGCCACGGCGACUUCAGAGCCACUGAUUUCACUCGAGUCGUGCCACUGAUAAAAGGACGAGGCACAGAUAACUGGUUGAAUGACGAAGUCAUCAAUGGGUAUCUGAAACUUAUCGUCACUCACGGGAAGAAAGAGGACCGCCCGACACAGGUGCCCACGCAUCAUGCGUUCGUCUCGUUCUUCUACAACAAUCUCGAAACUCGAGGCUACGAAAGCGUCAAGAGAUGGGCCAGUCGAGCCAAGAUCGGCGGCAAAAACCUGUUGGAUACGGAGGCCGUGUUCAUUCCUAUCAAUAGCGGCAUGCACUGGACCCUUUGUGUUGUGUCUGGGAAGAACAGGACAAUCACACACUACAACAGUUUGAGUGGGAAUGGGAGGAGGUAUGUGGAAACGGUCAAGAAAUGGGUGACGGAGGAAUUGGGAAGCGCCUACAAGGAGGACGAAUGGAAAAUGGAGUUUACUGGUCCAUCACCACAACAACAGAACAUGGACGACUGCGGAGUGUUUACUAUUACCAGUGCCAGGCAAAUUAUGCUUGGCCUUACACCCAUGAGCUAUACAGCGAGUCAGAUACAGCUGCAGCGGAGGAGGAUUAUUGCAGAGCUGAUUAAUGGGGAGCUCAUCAAGAGCACGACGGAAUGACACAACGAUACCCACUGUACGACUAUUGAAUGAUGUUACGAUUACGAAGGGAAUUGGUUCUGGGAUUGCAUUGCCUGGAUACAUUUGUCAAGCCCGAGGGCUUUUUGAGCGACAAGCGCUCUAUCAAGAGAGGGGAUUUACAGCACCCUAAUUGUGAAAAUAAUCAAUAAUACUAAACCUGAAGCACAUUCAACGUCUGAUGAGG